CAGAUCAGAAGAAAGCUGUUUAUUGUCACUGGAGAGAUUGCUUUGGCGUAUUUAAAGGAAAACAUAAGCUAUGGGAUCAUUUAAGAAUGCACACACAGGAAAGAGUUGUAGCAUGUCCUACUUGUGGAAGAAUGUUCUCCAGUAACACUAAGUUUUUUGAUCAUGCAAAGAGACAAGUUUCAGUAGACAAACAGAUAUUUGUUUGCCAGAACUGUCAGAAACAUUUUGCCAAUGAAAGGUUGCUACGAGAUCACAUGAGGGGACACGAUAAUCAAGUUGCAUGUGCCCUUUGUGAUAUGGUAUGCACAAGUGUCUCCUCACUGAAGGCACACAUCAGAUUUCGACACUGCGAUGAACGUCCUUUCCGGUGUCACCUCUGUGACAGGGGUUUUAAGAAUGCGUAUGAUCUGCAUAAACAUGUUGAAACACACAAUGAUUCAGAUGCCUACAGCUGUGAUGCUGAAGGAUGUGGUUUUACUUCACGGACUUUACAAACUUUGAGACAGCAUUACAAGAGAGCACAUGUAAGUGGUGGCAUUCUGAAAUAUGCAUGCCACAUCUGUCAGAAAUGUUUCUCCUGGAGUUAUACGUUGACCCUACAUCUUCGAAAAGCUCAUAAACUCAGCAGUCAUUCUCGUUUCAGAUAUAAAGAAGAUGGCAAGGGUCAUAUGAGUUUGAAUUUAGCAGCAUAUAAUGCUGUCAUGGGUUUAGGUCAGGCUCUUAAUAACAAAAUGGUAACAAAUCAGUCUUCACCAAGUCAAAAUAGUCUUGGAAGAAGAGGGGACUCUUGCGAAAGAGACACUUCAACAGUAGAAACACUUUUCACACAACUUCAGCCAUGGUCACAAAAUCCUGGAGAAAAUGUUCUGGUAGAAACAGAGACUUCCAUGUCAGAGCCUGUGUAUUCUGAACUUCAAAGUGUUGUACAGACAUUUGAAAACUAUUGUGCUUCUGCUAAAUUUGAUGAAGCAAUACCAAUGAAUGUAAAGGAAAAACUAGUAGAAAUGGAACUGGGCUUGGGAAUUAAGAUAGCUUUCUAGAAAAACAGUCUUUUUGUGGAUUUUUACUGUGAAAAGUAUAUUCUUGAGGUUUAUUUUUUAAACAAAAUCUAUUUUAAAGUCUUCACUUUUAUCCUUGUCAAAUCUUCUAUAUGCUACUGUUUUCUCAGUUUUCAUGUUAAAUUACUCUAAUGUGCUUAGAGAAUAUAUGCAAGUUACAGUAUUAUGCACAUAUAAUACUUUCACUUAUAACCUUUUGGAGAAGAAACUUCUAAGUUCUGUAUAUUCCUAUAGCGCAUAUAUAUAUAUAUAUGUGUGUGUGUGUAUUUAUUUAUUAAAAAAAUAUAGCCCAUGGGGGAAGUGUGAGCCAAUACAUGAGUUGAACAGUUUGAACCAUCCCAUUUUUUAUUAGCCCACUAGGUUAUUUAUUAGUAACCAGAUAACAGCUUGUGAGACGAAUAUAAAAAAUUCAGAAUUGUGGCAGUUUUCUUAGCUUUACUUAGUGACUUUAAAAUUGUUUAAAUAGUUAUUAGAGAGAUUUUAUUAUUACAAUGGACUUUUAAGCUACAAUGUAUUGUUAAAUGAAUACAUUUAAAUAAAAGAGAAGGUUAUGCCUAAAUAAAACAGUAAAAGAUGUUCACAGAGCUGACUUUAAAAUUUCCAUUAUACGAAAAGGUAUAUAAAUCCUACAGUAAUUUGUUGGGUGCUGCAGGUACAAUGAUGAGAAGGUAAAUGAAUUAUAUUGUCAGCAUAGCUAAAUGUACCUAGCUGUAUUUUCAUAAAUAAUUCCACAUAGCUAUAGUUAUUCUGGAAAAGUGCUUGGCAAAGACAUUUGUUUGAUUCUUGUAUAAAGAGCGUAGACAAAAAACCAGGUAUCUCUCAUCACAGUAAAAAUGAAUUACAAUGUUUGAAGCAUUUUUUCAAAGCAAGAACUGAUGAGCCCUCCAAAUAACGUUAAGACUUACACACUGGAGAAGGUAGUAUUCAGUCAGCUAGAAGACUGACUUACCCUGUAUUAGCUACUCCAGGCCGGCGUCCCUUGAGGACCCAGAGGUUCUUAGAGAAGGGCUUCAUGUGCCACUUCGGAAGCCGCUCUCAGCGCACACGGGGUGCAGUAUUGCAUCACUGCUGCCUACUGAAUGUUCCCUCCUUUCUGGAGACAAGGCGAUACUGAGAGCCCGGGACAAGCAAUCAGCCUGCACACAGCCGAGCCCGCGGCCAGCCAGAACGGGCUAUCAGACAGACUGGGAAUAGUCUGAACAAAAAUAGGCUGUCUGACAUUGAAGUGAGCUUGCCACAUAGCCCCAAGGAUUCUGGGGCACUUUUUUGGGGGGAGGAUUUAAACUGUGUCUUCUGUAGAAAGCUGUCUCCCCUGAGGUGGCCCCUCACCAUCUAACUGCCGGCUGCUGUUGCAUGUGAGGUCGGUGAGGCCGUGCUGGGCCUGUGUGCGGGAUUAGGGGAAGGAAG